UCUUUCUUUUUUUUUUUUUAAUUUUUUUUUUAUUUAUAUGAGUACAGUGUAGCUGUCUUCAGACACACCAGAAGAGGGAAUCAGAUCUCAUUACAGAUGGUUGUGAGCCACCAUGUGGUUGCUGGGAAUUGAACUCAGGACCUUUGGAAGAGCAGUCAGUGCUCUUAACCGCUGAGCCAUCUCUCCAGCCCAAAGCCUUUUCUUUAUCAUCGCUGUAAGAUUCAGGAAAUACCAGUUUAGGGAGUAUGUUUUGUUUAUUUUAAAUAUUUUUUUUAUUUAUUCAUUUAUUAUAUAUAAGUACACUGUAGCUGUCUUCAGAUACACCAGAAGAGGGCAUCAGAUCUCUUUACAGAUGGUUGUGAGCCACCAUGUGGUUGCUGGGAAUUGAACUCAUGACCUCUGGAAGAGCAGUCGGGUGCUCUUAACCGCUGAGCCAUCUCUCCAGCCCUGUUUAUUUUAAAUAAAGAUGGUCCCAUUAUGUAGCCCUGGCUGUGCUGUGCUGGAACUCAAUGUGUAGACCAUGCAGCCCUUAAAUCAAGAAAUCUACCUGCCAAGUUCUGGGGUUAAAGGUACCGCUGCAUUCUGAAUUCUUACUUGUUUCUGGCCCUAGGGGUCCAGCUUGGGGCUUCUUGUGUGUUGGGCCCAUGAUUUACUGCUAAGGAAUUCUGGCUGCUCUUUUGGAAAAGCUUAUGAGGUGGGAUGUGUUUAUCACUGGUGAGAAAUUGCAUAAAGUAUUCUCGCCAGUGCCUGAGCAGAUAUGCAAAGUGCAUGUGCAUAUCAUCCAGCCUAAGUGUGUAGCACGCGGUUAGAUCUAGAGCCGUGCAUGUGUGUCCAGUGGCAACAUUGCCUAAGGAUACAUCACCCAGAUUGUGCCCCAUCUGUAAGCCAUGCAGCCUCUCAAGUACUGAAGAAGACCGAACCCAGGGUCUUACACUCGCUAGGCAGUCACUCUGCCAUUGAUCCAAGUCCCCAUCCCCAACCUGAAGGAAUCAGAGUAGCAGUGUUCUGCCUUUGAUCGUCUGCUCUUUGCUUUUGUACUCGACCAUCCAGCUGAUGACACGGUCGGUGCAUUCUCUGGUCACCAGCCAGCCUCAUGGUAGAGACUGGGCAUUCUUGGAUGAACUGUUAACAGCAGGAAGAGAAAUGGAUCCUAGUGUGGCGGUUCAGCCGUAAUCCCAGCACUUGUUAGGCUGAGGCAGGAGGGUCAGGAUGCCCGUCAGCCUGCACUGUAUUCAAGACCCACUUUCAGGAAACCAAAUACAUUCAACGGUGUGUAAAGGUUUAUAAACAAACAUGCCAUUCUAUUUAAGGGAUGAGCAUCUAGAGAUUUUGGUAUUUGUAUGGUAUCUGGGAGGACCUGACUAUAAGAUAUGAGUAGGGCUGGAGAGCUGUCUGCUCUUCCAAGAGGUCCUGAGUUCAAAUCCAGCAACCACAUGGUGGCUCAUUAACCAUCUAUGAUGAGAUCUGGUGCCCUCUUCUGGCCUGCAGGCACACACGCAGGCAGAACGCUGUAUACAUAAUAAACCUGGUAAAUAACUUAAAACAGACUCACUGUAAGUAACGAGAUGGAAGCCAUUGUUAAAAUGUUUAAGUGUGUGCUUGUGCGUGCGUGUGUUCCCACGUGUGGGUGCCUGUGGAAGCCAGAAGGGGCUGGGUCUCCCUGAAAUAAAAUCGCAGGCAGUUGUGAGCUGCCUGACACACACAGAUGGUGAGAACUGGAAGUGGUCCUCUGCAGGAGCGGGAAGCGUUCCUCCUGCUUAGUCAUCCCUCCAGCCCUGAGAAAUGCCACUUAUUUUAUACCAAACUCUGGAGAGAGAUUUUGGUAAGAACACAAUGUAGAAAUUAGUUAUGUCAUAUCUUUAGUAUAAUCACUCCUCAGCUAAAAAAAAAAAAUACAACUUAUUCCGUGUUUAUAGUUUAUCUCUUAUCCAAGGGAGCAUGUAGUUACAGAUACUUUCCCUUUUAUAUAUGUAUGGAAUAAUGGUUCUCCCUGGGUGGGCUUUAAAUAUGUCGGGGCGUGUGUGGUGCACUGGUGUGUGAGCAUGCAUGUGUGUGCAGCGUGUGGGAAUUGGUUCCCUACGGUCAGUGUGGGUUCUCUCGAGUGUUCGUCCCCGCUGAUCUCUCUCCAGGCCCCUCCUCCUUCCCGUCUUCUUUGAAAGCUCCUAAGUGGACAGGACCGCACAUACCUGCAGUCUAGAGCUGCCAGGCCAAGGCAAGGUUGCCAAUGUGAGGCCAGCCCAGGGUGAUGAUGAGGGAGAGAGGCUCAUCUCACUGAUUCUCAUCCUGGUUUGUCCCCCUCGAGGAAGGCAGGUAGGGGAGUGUGAGGAAGAAGUGGAGGGAGCUGGCCAGUGCCCUGUGAUAGCAGAUGUGCCAGCUUCCUGCUCUGCCUGCUUUUUCUCCCUUAGGGCCGCCUCUCCUGGGGCCUCCUCUCCUCUCCAGGCCUGUGCACUCCCCCUGUUUUUCUUGGUUUGUUCUUUAGCAAGUGUUCCAAGAAGACGGACUUUUUUCUCACCACAUUUUUUGUUCGCUUGUGGGUGGGUGUUCAUUUCAGGAAAGGAGAGUUUUCAGAGGAAAGGACCCAUUGGUAGGCAGCUGCUCUCUGGUGUAAAGAACAGAACUGGGUCAUACUCAGUUGAUUUUAAAGAAUUUCUCAUUGUUUGUUUUUGGUGUUUGGUUUAUUUGGAGACAGGGUUUCCCUGUGCAGCCCUGGCUGUCCUGGAGCUAAGGUCUGUAGACCAGGCUGUCCUCUAACUCAAAGAGAUCCUCCUGCCUCUACCUUCUGCCUCCCCACUGUUGUGCUAGAAUUAAAGGCAUGCACACCAUCUCCCUAAAGGGAUUUGGGAUGUACGAGGCUGCUUUCAGUUCCCAGCAAUGCACACACACACACAUACACACGUGCACACAUGUGCACAUGCACGCACGUUAAAUGAAUUAAAACCAGUCAUAUUUUAUGUUAAAGUCUGGGACUUUGUUUAUCCUAUCGUGAAACUAAACUGAAGCCCUGCCCUUGCCCCUCAGAUGCUUUGCUGGAAGGAUGUUACUGUGGGUAGAGUGACUUUCACAUGGAUUUACAUUCUCAGGGACAGUCCCAGCGCGUGCGCUUAGCCGGUGACUUUCUUCAUGAGUGGAGGAUUUUGACAGGUGGUGAAAGUCAUGAGAGGCCCAGGGCCUGACAGUGCACUGGGAAAAGGAUUCUCUCAGGAACUGAAUUGGUUUCAGAGAUAAAACUCUACCCGAGUGUGCUCACCUUCUUCUUCUUCCCUUAGAUGUGAAGUUAGUGAGUGGAAACUCAGAAAAAGGCCCGCGUAAUCUUCCCCCUCUUGUGUGUGUUCUUGAAGUACAUAAAGGUGGGUCAGAAUAAAACCAUCCUGGGCAUCUGCUGUCCUCCCAGGGCCUUGAACUGCAAUGGUCAGCGCACUGGGCGUCAUAUUUGGAGGUGGUUUUUCUGAGCUCCAACAUUAUUUAGAAGCUGAUAGAUACAGCCUGCUACUUUAGAUGGAUGCUUGCAGAGGCAAGCAGGCAGUGUAGUGAAGUAGUGAGCGCAGUGGUGAGCACAGUGGUGAAAUGCCUCCAUCCCCAGGGCCCACCUUGGCAUGGCAGCCUCCUUGGAUCCCUGCCUGAGUGCCUGAUGCAGUCCUGACGUUCUGGAGUCCAUGGCAAGCAAGCCUGCUCUCUAUUCUGGAGGGAGCCACGGCGUCAUCCUUCCCAUCUGUUUUGCACACACAGUCCUGACAAGAGGCCCAAGUGAGCACUCAGUAGGGCUGCAUACUCUUGGAAGCACAAAAUUGUACCAGAAAGGAAUGGCUCCACAGCACUGCGUGCACAUACUAGGGGCUGCUGGGACUUUAGAAAACCUCCCGAGGGGGCAGGCUAUUGGAGUGAGUGUCUUCUGUGGGUGGAGCUUCCUGUGAGCCUCCUCCCUCAAAGUAUUGCUCCCUGGACUUUGGUUGUCAUGCCCAUUCCUUCCAGAGCACUCCUUUAUGUACAUGAUGACGAUUCCCGUGGUUACAAACGCCAAUCGAUAGUUAAUUCUACUGUGUCCCCACUUGAUCAAAUGGUUGGUUACUGGCUCAGUCUCAUAGGUCAGUGAUUGAAUCUAGUAGGUCUUCACUGAGUCUACUAGAUCAAGAGUUGGACUGAGUAGGUCGUCACUUGCAGAUUCUGGAAGGUCAUCUGGUGAGUCUUACUGGUCAUAACUGGUUGGAUCUAGUAGGUGACUUGGUGGUUGUGGGUCUUUGCUGGUGCAUUCUGGCAGGUCGGAAGUGGACUCUGUGUGGAGGUUGGGGUAAGUCACAGCCAUAGCCCACAAGCCAGCGUCGUGCGGCAGCGAGGGUAGAAGCCACAGGUGAGCAGGAGACACUGAUUUCCUUAAAGAUUACUUAGUAUUUGUGUGUGUUGGUAUGUGCACAUGUCUGUGGGUGCUCUGAGGCUGGAAGAGGGCAUUGGAUCCCCUGGAAGUGGUAUUAACAGGCAGUUUGAGCAGUGUGAUGUGGGUGCUCUGAAACAAACCCAGUUCCCUGACAGAGCAGCCAGCUUUCUUCACUGUUGGAACAUAACCUUCAGCUCCUCUGGGUCCCCUUGACUGUGAGCUGUGUGAGGCCAUCAGCGGCUCCAUCCUCCAUGGAGCCUGGCGAUCCACGUGGGAAAAGUCAACCUCUGACCUUCAGACGUGUGCCAUGGUAUGCUUGUGCAAACACGAGUCACGUGCGCACGCAUGGUAAUAAAUAUAGCCAUGGUGUGCUUGUGCAAACACGAGUCACGUGCACACACGAGGUAAUAAAUUUUGAAAGGAAGAUGAAACAUCAGCUGUCGUCGUUUAUGUUUCUGUUUAGUGGCGGCCCUUUGCUGUUUUGUGGCCUUUGGGGCAGGGUAACUCCCAUCCCAGGCUGGCUUCAAAUUCACUGUGGCCUUGAUCUGCAGCAACACACACAAGGGCUAGGAUCGCAGGUGUGCACAAGCAUCUGGCCCAGCUGCUCUGUUUUUAGGGGACUUUUAUGUGGGGAUGCAGAAGUAGAAAUAGAAGGAUGUGUCACCACUCCUCCAGCCACUUCCCAGACUCCCCAGCACAUUGUCAGGAGGACGGUGGCCAUCGUUCACGAAGAAUCUUUCCCCAGACAAAAUCAACUUGAGCACGCUGAAAGGGGAGGGUCAGCUGACCCAUCUGGAGCUGGAUGAAGAGGUUCUGCAGAAUGUGCUGGAACUGCCUACCUGGCUGGCCAUCACCAGGGUCUACUGCAACAGGGCCUCCAUCCGGAUCCAGUGGACCAAGCUGAAGACACAUCCGAUCUGCUUGUGUCUGGAUAAGGUGGAGGUGGAGAUGAAAACCUGUGAGGACCCUCGACCCCCCAAUGGACAGUCUCCCAUCGCCCUUGCUUCAGGACAGAGUGAGUACGGCUUUGCUGAGAAGGUGGUGGAGGGGAUGUUCAUCGUGGUCAACUCCAUCACCAUCAAGAUCCACUCCAAGGCCUUCCACGCUUCCUUUGAACUGUGGCAGCUCCAGGGUUAUAGUGUCAACCCCAGCUGGCAGCAGAGUGACCUGCGUCUGACCCGCAUCACUGAUCCCCGCCGAGGAGAGGUUUUAACAUUUAAGGAAAUAACUUGGCAGACGCUCCGAGUCGAGGCAGACGCCACAGAAAACGGUGAUCAGGACCCAGUUACCACCCCGCUGAGGCUCAUUACCAACCAAGGCCGGAUCCAGAUAGCCCUCAAGAGAAGAACGAAGGACUGCAACGUGGUUGCCUCCAAGUUGACAUUCCUCCUGGACGACCUGCUCUGGGUGCUGACAGACUCACAGCUCAAGGCGAUGAUGAAGUAUGCUGAGUCGCUAAGCGAGGCCAUGGAGAAGUCGGCCCAGCAGAGAAAGAGCCUGGCACCCGAGCCUGUGCAGAUCACUCCACCUGCUCCCAGCGCCCAGCAGACCUGGGCCCAGGCGUUCGGGGGCAGCCAGGGGAACAGCAGCAGCAGUCGCCUCAGCCAGUAUUUUGAGAAAUUUGAUGUGAAGGAGUCCUCGUACCACCUCCUCAUCUCCCGCCUGGACCUGCACAUCUGUGACGACAGCCAGUCCCGAGAGCCAGGUGUGUCAGCAAACAGACUCACAGGAGGUGCAAUGCAGCUCACCUUCCGCAAGAUGGCGUUCGACUACUACCCCUUCCACCGGGCAGGUGACAGCUGUAAACACUGGGUGCGGCACUGUGAGGCCAUGGAGACCCGAAGCCACUGGGCCCAGCAACUGGUGACAGAGUUUCAGAGUAGGAUGGAGAAGUGGUGUGAGGAGAGCAGUGUGAAGCCACCUUGGCAUCUGGGGGUAGACCCUCCCUUUCGGAAGAAAGCAGAUUCUUUCUCUAGUCCUGGAAAGAGCCCUCUCGACAAAAGCCCUACUCAGGGCCGGCAAGCUGCCUUUGGGUCUCCAGCAUGGAGUCGCUUACGCUCUAGCUGCCUGGUUGUACGAGUAGAUGACCUGGAUAUCCACCAGGUUUCCACAGCCGGACAGCCAAGUAAGAAGCCGUCCACCCUGCUCUCCUGCAGUCGCAAACGCCACCGCCUCCCGAGCCAGGUGGCUGCCAUCCAUGUACAGUUCACAGAGUAUUACUUCCCGGAUAAUCAGGAGCUUCCAGUUCCGUGCCCCAAUCUCUACAUCCAGUUAAACGGGCUGACGCUUACCGUGGAUCCCGUCAGCUUGCUCUGGGGAAACCUCUUCUGCCUGGACUUGUACCGAAGCUUGGAGCAGUUCAAGGCCAUCUACAAGCUGGAAGACCCCAGGGGCAAGGAUGAGCACUUGGACAUCCGACUGGAUGCGUUCUGGUUGAAGGUGAGCUUCCCACUGGAGACUAGGGACCUGGCGAAGCUGCACCGUCCCCAGGCGCUUGUCCUCUCCACGUCGGGCGUGAUUGCCACCAACACCCGGCACGCCCCACACUGCAGUUGUCCAGACCUCCAGGGCCUCUUCCGGGGCUUUGCUGCCACCGAGUUCUUCCGCUCCAGCUACGGUCACUUUCCCAAGGUUCCAGGGGGCUUCAGCCUCCUGCACAUGGUCUUCCUGCACCACGCCUUCCAGACGGACUCGCUUCCCGCCCAGCCUAGUUCCCUGCCUCCUCAGAGGCCAGCGGCGGCCCAGGACCUUUGGUCCCUGCAUUUCACCCAGAUUUCCUUGGACUUCGAAGGCACAGAGAAUGUCAAAGGCCAUGCCUUGAAUUUUGUGGCUCCCUUCCCCCUGUCCAUCUGGGCCUGCCUUCCUCUCCGCUGGCAGCAAGCCCAGGCUCGGCGGCUCCUUUUGGCCUCCGAGGGGAGGCUGAAACCGUCAGCUAGCUUCGGCAGCCCUGUGCACUCUGAGGCUCUUGCCCCCGAGUCCGUGUCCCAUCAGAGGUCAAAGACUGAACGAGAUUUGAAAAGCCUCUCCGGCUCGGGGGAAGUCCUGGGGGCUGUGAGAGAAGGUGAUGCUGGUGUGGACCACAGAGGGCAGGUGGCUGAGCUGGAGGAUGUGGCAGACAUUCACAUGCUUGUACACUCCACUGCCCAUGUCAGAGUGAGGCUGGACCACUACCAGUACUUGGCCCUGCUGCGCCUCAUGGAGGUGCUUCAGGGCCUUCAGGAGCAGCUGACCAAGGACACAGAGGCCAUGACUGGGUCUCCCCUGCAGGACCAGACAGUGUGUGUUGGAGUUCUCUUCCCCAGUGCUGAGGUGGCUCUUCUCAUGCCCCCGGACCCCGGGGCCGCUCACGCAGACUCUGCGGGCUCAGACACCACCAGCCUCAUAGACUCAGAGCUGUCGCCAUCAGAGGACCGAGAGCCAAAGUCGGAUGCCUCCUCAGACCAGGGCCCAGUGAGCCCUGAGAAGGUCCUGAGGGACAGCAGCGCUGAAAAUCUGGAUGCGUCCCAGGAGAGGCUACAUGGUGAUGGGGAGCUACAGGACGUCGGUCCACUCGCACAGCAGCCAGCAGGGAAGAGCCAUGAGGCGGUCGAGUCUUUACAGGCCAAGAAGUUGAGCAGAGCUCAAACCGCCACCAGCCCACCGACUGCGGACAGGGAUGCUGCUCUGAAUGGACAAGGCGAGCCCAUUCCCUUGAGGAGCAUUGAGGGGGAAUUGUCCAGUGCCAUUCACAUGACCAAGGAUGCCACCAAAGAGGCUCUCCACGCUACCGUGGACCUUACCAAGGAGGCUGUGUCCCUGACUAGGGAUGCCUUCAGUUUGGGUAGAGAUCGAAUGACUUCCACCAUGCACAAGAUGUUGUCCUUGCCUCCUGCCAAGGAGGCCAUGGCCAAGUCAGACGAGGGAGUGGCGGCCCCAGCGAGUGGAGGUCCUGCCCGGCUCCGGUUUUUCUCCAUGAAGAGGACAGUCUCUCAGCAGUCAUUCGAUGGUGUCUCGUUGGACAGCGGGGGCCCCGAAGACCGGAUUUCGGUGGACAGCGAUGGCAGUGACAGCUUUGUGAUGCUCUUGGAGUCUGAGUCUGGUCCAGAGUCUGUUCCACCAGGAUCUGUGACAAGCGUCUUGGAUGAUAGUGGCAUUCAAGGGAGCCCUGUCAUGGAUAGCAGUGGCCAGGGGUUGCCCGAGACCAACAGCUCAGCGUCAGCCAGUGGAGACCUCGCCCUGCACUCGGUGUCAGUUCUGGUCCUAAAGGUGAGCGAAGUGUCACUUGGGCUUGAGGUUCGCGGUGAGGACCUGGCCGUAGCCUUGCAAGCACAGCAGCUGGCCCUGCAGCAGCUCGGCACCGUGGGACUCUGGCAGUUUCUACAUGGACAGUGCCCAGGCCCAAGCUUUGAGGGACCCUCGGACCUGAAGACUGACUCCACCAGGCCUGCUGUGGGUCUGCGUUUUGAGGUGGGGCCUGGUGCAGCUGUUCAUUCCCCGCUGGCCGCGCAGAAUGGCUUCCUGCGGUUCUCACUUCGGGGCUGUGACCUGGAGCUGUUCACCUCAGUGCUCAACGGUCUGGGGCCUUUCUUGGAGGAUGAGUGCGUCCCGGUGGUAGUCCCCAUGCAGAUGGAGCUCCUGGACUGCAGUGUUACUCUCAAGGAUGAUAUCCCUCCAAUCUAUCCAACAUCCCCUGGCCCUGUGCCCAUCACUUUGACAAUGGAGCGUCUCAUGCUGAAGCGGGGUGACGAUGGUGUGUUUCACCUUGGUGCUCCUGCUCAGGACAGGCCGUUGGCUGAAGGACCUGAGAAGCAGCAGCUCCCGAAAGAGCAGGUGCCCCUGGUGCCCACAGGACAGGGCUUGGGACACCAGGCUCAAGGAGAUGCUACUGUGUUCUCUAGUGGUGAACUGUUUCUCCUUCAGGAGAAAGGCUCGCCUACUCUGCAGCAAGAACUUGCAGACACCAAACAAGCACUGGCCAUUGCCAACCAGGACAGAGAAAAGCUGCUCCAGGAGAUUAGGAAAUACAACCCACUCUUUGAGCUUUGACAGCGGCUCAGCCGUCCAGGCUCCACAGAGAAGCUAUCACCAGCAACAGUGCCGCCUGGGACAGGCGCUGGCCCGGGAGCCAGCAGGGCCAGGAGCACACGUUCAUUCCUUGUGUGCUUCCUGCUGGCUGCCAGCCUGGGCGGAGGAGGAGCCGGCAGAGCAUGGCCGCACCCAGGAAUGGGGUGGCUCUGUCCCUGGCCCUGCACUGCGUCUUGCCAUUAAUGUAGCCUUGUAGUCCUCUGCACACUAGAGGAGUCUUCUCUACAUCGUAGAGCGUUUCACCUCCUGGUGUCACGGCAGUGUCUGCUUCCUUCAUGGCCUAUGUGAACAGGUGUCCACCGAGUCAUGCACACAGCCACCAAAGAUCCCGUGUCCUGGAGCUUCCUGUGGCGUACCUGAGAGGUCCUUGGCCUGAGUCUUGAAGUAGAUCGAUCAAUAGCCGAUCCUCAGGGGUUGAGGCAGAGGAGGUCUGCGAUCAGGGCAACAUGGACUCGCCUCAGUGGAACGGGAGCUAGGCUCGUGUCAUCUUGGCUGAUGUUCUGGGUCAAGCUUUCAUGUAGGAUUUCUUCGUUGUGAUGCUUUGACUCUGAAGUGGCUAGAUCCUCUUUCCCUGCAUAAGAAUUGGUUUGAGGUUUAAGUCAGGACAGGGCUCACCUGCUCCCGAGUGCUCAGCUGAGAGCAUGACAGGGUGGGGAUACAGUUGCUGUUUUCACAGCUGUCCAUGACAGGUCCCUUCCUUUCUGUUCCUGGAGUCACCUGCUUUCCCAGGACUGCCUCAUCUUUCUGCCUGUGCUUCUGGUAGGCUUCCGACUGAGCUAAACUUAGUUCUACCCACCUCGGUAUGCUGCCUCACUCCCCUCUAUUUGGUUUUUUAAAAUCAUGUUUCCCAGGUUUCCUUCUGGUCCUAUCAAAGUUUCCCCUUUCCUUCCGAUUGUCAGAGCUUGGCUCUGUGGUGUGCUGUCUGGGUAGAAGCACAGCCUGGCUGACUCGCUUACUUGGCAGAUGGUCUGUCCGUCUGUCGUGAGCUGGUGAUGCUCUGGAGUCCUGACUGUGGCUGAGGGAGGGAAGGAGGAGAACCAUUCCACGUAAAAAGGAGCACAGCUAUGGAAGGAUAAGGUCACACUGUUCAGACUUGCAGGGCCAGACAUGUUCUUCACCAAGGCAAAUUUCAGAACACCACGUCUUACAGAACUGGUUUGUUAAACUGAGGAGACACAGAUUUGGGGACAACAUCUUCUGGAGACAGUGUUAACAGGUGAAGUUCCCUCAUUUCAAAUUUUUUAUAAAUGACCUAGAACUUUAAAUGGUGAACUGUUUAUCCUUCAGAAUGCCAUUCUGUUUACAUUCGAUGUCACACAACUUGUAGACAGUGAAAAGCAGACCAGAAGACAGAAAUAACCAUAAAGCCACAGGGGAGUGAGCAAGGCUGUGAACAGGCAGCCUGACAGGAGAGGUUCAGCACAGUGGAGGGCUGGAGUGGAGCCCAGUAGUAGAGUAUGUGAGCGGCACGUGAGGGCCUGGGCUCAGCCCACGAUCACAAACUCUGUCACAGAAAUAAAGACUGUAUGUCUAAACAACCGCCACUACUACUAGAACCAAAUACUCAGGAAAGAAGCCAGAGCCUUGCUGAGGGAGCAGGGAUCAGUGAGAUGCUGUGGUCUAAAGCCCGGCGGUGCCCCAGCACAGGGGAGUGCCCUCAUCCCCCUACUGGGCACUUCGAUUGUACUUGUUUAUCUGGGAGUUGGAGAGUGAUCAAGGUGAAGACAUUGUCCUGAGGGGGGCAAGGGACCACACACAGGAUCGGGGACCCAAUCUUGAAACUUUAGUUCUGGGGCCCUGUCACUGCCUCAGGGAAAAAGAAAGCACUUUUAGCAAAGUCAGGAACUUGAAGGGCUUGUUGGAGAAGCGGCCCCUGUGUUUCUGACAUUCUUGGAGGGAAGGGAGAGCAGUAACUAGGAAACAGGAUCUUCAGGGUCACUUGACCUGGCUUACAUCAAAUCCCUUCCUCUUCCGCUCACUGCAUCCCCUCCCUCAGGAAAAGAUUUCUGACAAAUACUUGGUGCACUUUACCCUUGAGCUUGCAGUAGAGACCUAUUUUGUGUCAAGGACAAUGCCUUAAUGGCCAGAACGUCAGGUUUUUGAGCUAAGGGAGUCUGGGCUUCUUGUCCAUGUGCAAACAGAGAUGUAGAGUUCUGGCCCCCUUUAUGCUUUGGCCUUUGUGUCUUGAAAUCAGCCCUCGGGAAGGAAGCGUGGGAAGAUUACAUCCCAUGGCAUUUCAAUAGUGUCUUGCGAUUCCAUUGCCCUGUUCACUGGGGGAUGAGCAGGAGAGACUUGGCCAUAAUGCACCUGGCUGUGUGGAUCUCCAGGGUAAGGGUACGGGAAACCGUCAGGCAGUGCUUUUGAAGUUCAGCUGUGAAGUUGCAGUUUGCAAUACGAAAUACCUCGAGACUUCUGCAGGGACCGCAACACUGUCCCUCAGAGUGUUCAGUCACUGCACAUGGCCCUCAGCUGUAAAACUCUUUAUAGCUGCAUCAUCUGUGAUUGUCGAACUUUCCUGUUUACAUGCCUGUGCCGGCAGUGUUCCCUGGUGUGUGUAGACUUAGAGUUGAGCCCGCUAACUGGGCUGCAGAGAUGUGGCUCAAACUCAUUUUCAGUUUACUGGAAUGAUGAACGGAGUCUCUGAUGGUGCCAACAUGGCUUCUCUCUCUCCCCAUGAGCUGUUUUCAGUUUCACUCUCUGACCUUACCGAGCUAUGGGCUGCACUCUUUGUGCUCUGUGCUGAGAGAAACGGGACAUGUGAAGUAGAAAGUGUCGCUACCACAACUCAGCAAAGCCCGGAACCAAGUAUCUGCUGUCUUUAUGUUGUGUUGGGUUUUCCUUAGGGGCUCCAGAGGUUGAGCCCUGCAGAGGUGGUGUGAGGUUUCCUGGGUGGGAGCUUUGUAUUCCUGACCCCUUUCUUUCAUCUUGAUGCAUAAACUACCCAAGCUAGCAGAUUAACAUCUGCUUAAGACCACAACAGCCAGGACUCGUAGUUAUGAACUCUUGGAGAUGGGCAAUGCACGUUUGUCUGGGUGAUCAGAGCCUUGCAGGUGCCACCACUCUCUCCAGUCCAGUUCUCCAGGGUAGGUAUGGAGAGUGGCUGUUAGUGAAGAAAGAGGCCUUCUGCCCCCAAGGCACAGGGAAAAACUUGGUAACUUUUAACAGUUAAGCCUUGCUAAAGUGGCCAGGCCUGAGAUCUGAGCUUCCUGUUCUGCUGCUGUGUUUCUUAUCCUGUAUCCUUUAUCAAAGUGGACAUACUCCUGUGUGUUAAGAAUUUCCUAUUGGAGUUGUGAGGGAAAUUUUUUGUCAGUUUACUACUUUCUGGUGAAGAGUUAGCUUGAGUCUUACAUGCUUUCUGUGGAGUGCCCCCACGGAAGUGUCCUCUGCACUGGCUGAGCCAGUGAGUUUCAAUGUAAGUUCCUAAGUUAGAUCAGUCCAAUUACGUGAGUCUGAACUGUUUCCCUAACUCAGGGUGCUAAAAUAAGACUUGCUCAGGAAAGCUUCAGAAGAAAACAGCUUCCAAGCCUGCUUCCCGUGACACUCAGCAGCACAUGGGGAGCGGGCCAGCAGAUUGCCAACUACAUCAGGUAGCCUUACUACUGCUAAUCACUGUCAAUGCCCUUCAUUCUCCGAGGAGAGCAGUGAGAAUGGAUACAGUGAACUGAACCUUGGUCAGUAUUGGGAAAUUUACUGUUGAAAUAGCUAAUCGAGUCCCAAGUGUACUGGUUCUGUGAACCACCUGAAAAGCAAAAUAAAUGAUACCAUUGAAUGGCA